AUGCUGGCGUGGCGACUGAGCGACGACCCGGUGAAGGCCGACGCGAAGGAGGAGGAGAAGGACCCGGCGUUCCGGGCGUCCGUGCGGUGCAAGAUCUUCCUGGGCUUCACGUCCAACCUCAUCAGCUCCGGCCUGCGCGAGACGCUCUGCUUCCUCGCCAAGCACCGACUCGUGGAUGUGAUUGUGACAACAGCGGGGGGGAUUGAAGAGGACAUUAUAAAGUGCCUGGCGCCCACGCUGCUGGGCGACUUCGCCCUGGCGGGCAAGGACCUGCGCGCCAAGGGGCUGAACCGCAUCGGCAACCUGAUCGUGCCCAACAGCAACUACUGCCUCUUCGAGGACUGGAUGGGCCCCGUGCUGGACCGCUGCUUGGACGAGCAGAAGACGCAGGGCGUGGUGUGGACGCCGUCGAAGCUGAUCGAGCGCAUGGGAGAAGCCAUCGGGCACGAGGAGUCGGUGCUGUACUGGGCGCACAAGAACCGCAUCCCGGUGUUUUGUCCGGCGAUCACGGACGGGUCCAUCGGCGACAUGCUCUACUUCCACUCCUACUCCUCGCCCGGCCUCGUGCUCGACCUCGUGCAAGAUGUGCGGCGGAUGGACGACGAGGCGGUGCAGGCGGACCCGCGGCGAACGGGCGUGAUCAUCCUGGGGGGCGGGCUGCCGAAGCACCACAUCUGCAACGCCAACAUGAUGCGCAACGGCGCGGACUACGCUGUGUACAUCAACACCGCCAAUGAGUUCGACGGCAGCGACUCGGGUGCCAGGCCCGAUGAAGCAGUCAGCUGGGGGAAGAUCCGCGUGGAGACCAAGGCUGUCAAGGUGUUCUGCGAUGCCACCAUUGCCUUCCCCUUGCUCCUCUCCCCUCCUGUCCUGUCGCCCUCUCUCUCGCCCCUCCAUUCCCGUCGCGCUCUCUCUCUCCGCGCCCUUCUCGUCGCCCUCUCUCUCGCCCCUCUCAUCUCGUCGCGCUCUCUCUAUCCGCACCCUUCCCGUCGCCUCCCUUCCCAUCGCGCUCUCUCUCUCCCCUCCCUUCCCGUCGCCCUCUCUCUCGCCCCUCCCUUCCCAUCGCGCUCUCUCUCUCCGCGCCCUUCUCGUCGCCCUCUCUCUCGCCCCUCUCAUCUCGUCGCGCUCUCUCUAUCCGCGCCCUUCCCGUCGCCUCCCUUCCCGCCGCCCUCUCUCUCUCCCCUCCCUUCCCGUCGCCCUCUCUCUCCCCCCUCCCUUCCCAUCGCGCUCUCUCUCUCCGCUCCCUUCCCGUCGCCCUCUCUCUCGCCCCUCCCUUCCCGUCGUGCUCUCUCUCUCCGCGCCCUUCCCGUCGCCCUCUCUCCCGUCGCCCUCUCUCCCAUCGCCCUCGCUCUCUUCUUCGCUCUGUCCCGGCGUUAUAUAUAUGCUUGCCUUCCGGCGAAGUGCUCUUUCGCCUCUCGCGCGAUCGUUACGGUUCCUGUCACUGUCGGCACCACGAAACGCUCUCGAGUAGUCGCCAUCGCGCUCCUCUCUACCCGCGCCAUCGCCCCUCCCUUCCCUUCCCCACGAUAUUGCCAUCACCCUUUCCUUUCGAUCAGCUCGUCACAUUUCCCGUCACAAUCGGCCUCGCUCUGCUGUCGCUGCGCCACUCUUUGCAACGUCGCCAUCACGCUCGCAACGAAACGCCCUCCCAUCGCCCUCCUCUCUCCCGUCGCCCUUCCUCUCUCCCAUCGCCUUUCCGCUCUCACGUCGCCUUCCUCUCUCCCGUCGCCCUUCCUCUCUCUCGUCGCCUUCCUCUCUCCUGUCGCCUUUCCUCUCUCCCGACGCCUUUCCUCUCUCUCGUCGCCUUUCCUCUCCCCCGUCGCCUUCCUCUCUCCCGUCGCCUUUCCUCUCUCCCGUCGCCUUCCUCUCUCUUAUCGCCUUUCCUCUCUCCCGUCGCCUUCCUCUCUCCCGUCGCCUUUCCUCUCUCCCGUUGCCUUCCUCUCUCUUAUCACCUUUCCUCUCUCCCGUCGCCUUCCUCUCUCCCGUCGCCUUUCCUCUCUCCCGUCACCUUCCUCUCUCUUAUCGCCUUUCCUCUCUUCCGUCGCCUUCCUCUCUCCCGUUGCCUUCCCCCUCUCUCGUCGCCUUUCCUCUCUCUUUGCCUUCCUCUCUCGUUGCCCUUCUUCUCUCCCAUUGCCCUUCCUCACUCCCCUCGCCCUUCUUCUUCCGCCUCCCGCCGCCCUCGCGUCCCAUCGCAAUCGACUUCCCAACGCACUCCCGUCACCCUCUGUCCUUGUUCCCGUUCCCUCGCUCUCUCCCCUCCCUUUCCGUCGCCCUAGCUCUCUCCCCUCCCUUUCCGUCGCCCUCACGUUCUCCCCUCCCUUUCAGUUGCCUUCGCUUUCUCCCCUCCUUUCCGUCGCCCUCGCUCUCUCCCCUCCCUUUCCGUCGCCCUCACGUUCUCCCCUCCCUUUCAGUUGCCCUCGCUUUCUCCCCUCCUUUCCGUCGCCCUCGCUCUCUCCCCUCCCUUUCCGUUGCCCUCGCUCCACCUCAUCUCACCAACCCCAAUGCCCCUCCCAUCUCCCUACCACUCCGCGGAUUUUGCUCACACAUCUCUCCUUUCGCGUCCUCGUUUCUGUUGCACUAUCUUUCUCUUCUCUCGUCCCCUGA